AUGCAUUUUAUUUGCAAGUUGUUUUUAUUUUUUUCCUUUGUGUAUAUUUCAAAUAUAAAUUGUGUGGAAGAAGUAGUAAAUAAUAAGAGCAAGCGAUUAAUUGAUAUAUAUCAUGCUGCCGUUAAAGAAUUGAUACAAAAUGAGGAAUUAAUAGAUUUAAUAGAUAAGCAUAAUGUAGAUUAUUCUGUAAUAGAAUCUUUAGAAAACAUACCAAAUCUUUCAGAUAUAGAUAUAAAAGAUGAUGUUGAUGAUGUAUUAAGUGAAAUAAUAAAAAAGAAGGAAGUGAAAAUAGGUGCUUUAAAAAAUAAGAAUUGGGGUAUUAUAGGAAAUUAUGAAAAAAAUCCUCCUGUUGGUUUUUGGCCUGAUGUUAUGUAUAUUAUAUGGGAAACUAUAUCAAAACAUAUUUUUAAUGAUGAGGAUGCUAUAAAUGUAACAUAUAAUUAUUAUGAUAAUGUUUUUGUAGCAUUAAAUGAUAAAGAUAUUCAUAUGACAGAUAAUUAUUUUCUAUCGAAUUCACGUCUUGUCGAUCAAUCUGGAAAUAAUCUACCUAAACUAAUAAGUGGUCUACCAAUUAUAAAACAUUCAAACAAAAUUAUGAUUCUAAAAGAAUAUAAUAUUAAUAACUUAGAGGAUCUUAAAUCAUAUAUUUCUAAAAAUGAAGGUCUGAAAAUUGCUUGCCUAACCGAAGCUAAUUGUAAUGCUUUAAAAAAUAUUUUCUUAGAUAAAGUUACUUAUGAUUAUAAAUCCUUUUCUUCUUAUAUCGAUUUGUCUAAGAGUGUGUUAUCAAAAAGUCAUAUUAUUGGAGUCAUAUCGGGUAUCCCAUUUCAUUUUAAUGAGCAGAAAAUAAAUGUUUUUGAUUCCUUUCUAAAAACGGGACACUCUGCAUACUUCAAGUAA